AACGUCAGCGCCGAGCACAAUGCUGCCGCUCUCGACUACUUUGUUCAGCUCCCCGUCUCCAAGGAGAUGAUCACCUACCUGGCACACAAGGCCACCCAAGUCAUCCGCUGCGAGCCUCAGCAGCUCAACAAGAACCUUCCUCCCACGCCUCCGUCGACGCCGCCUCAGCAACCCGCCUCGUUUGGUCGCGAGCCCGUUCUGCCUUCGGUUGAGACGUUCAUCACUUCGCUGGUUGAGCGCAGCCACGUCGGCGUGUCGACGCUGAUGACGUCGCUCGUCUACCUCGCCCGGCUCAAGGCUCGCCUGCCGCCCGUCGCCAAGGGCAUGCGCUGCACCGUGCACCGCAUCUUCCUGGCGUCGCUGAUCCUCGCGGCCAAGAACCUCAACGACUCGUCGCCCAAGAACAAGCACUGGGCGCGCUACAGCAUGGUCCGCGGCUACGACAACUUCGGCUUCUCGCUGACCGAGGUCAACCUGAUGGAGAAGCAGCUGCUCUUCCUGCUCGACUGGGACAUGCGCGUCAACGCCGACGACCUGUACACGCACCUCGAGCCCUUCCUCGCGCCCAUCCGCGACUACCAGACCCGGCAAGCCGAGAAGGCGCGCCUGGCCGCCAAGCGCAAGGAGAUGCAGGCGCAGCUGCACGCCGCGCACCAGGCCCACCAGCAACAACAAACGUACGGCCUCGCGCUCAGCGGCAUGCCGCUCACGCCCCCCGACGACCGCCGCAUCCCCUACUCGCACUACCGCCAGGACAGCAGCACCAGCAGCCACUACGGCAGCCACAGCCGCAUGCCCUCGCUGUCGCCGGCGUCGCGCACCUCGUCCUCGUCAUCAAACACGUCGCCCGCCAGCUCCGCUUCGUCGAUGCACGACGCCUCGCCUGUGCACGUCCAGCACCUGCACCGCUACGACGUCGAGGCCGGCGCCCACGUCGUCCACAUC